CUUGAACACACGAAUACAGUUAGUGAUAUUCUAAGAAAAAUUUUUCAUUUUUUACAUAUAAUCGUUUCUUUCUCCUUCGUUGGCCUUGCCCUUGGUUUAAUACCGAGUAAUUAUAUUCGUGAUAUAAUUCAGUACUUCUCGAGAAAAAUAACAAACUUGCGUGCGAGCACAAUAAAACAAUCACGAUAAUGCGAUAAAGAAGGAAAUGCGUGUUGAAGCGGCUUUUAGCAUGCAUACGUUAAUGGCACGACAACGUUAUUGCGAAUAUGCCGAUUCAAGUUCCAGCAAACAGUACGUCGGCAGAUCGUCACAAGUAACGGAUCAGAUAAUCUCUGAAGAAUAUUAAAUCGAGAGUGUCGAGACUUUUUUUGCCACUUAAUAAUCUUGCAACGCGUCAAUCGUAGUGCGUUGUACGAUUGCACACGUUAAUCGUUGUGACACUAAUCAAGUUUCUCAGUCUUUCUAUAUUUGAUCUAAAACUGUUACAUAAUCCAACAAAGAUAUCCAAUUCCAUUUCCUCGUUCCUACAUUGAAAGUUGCACUAUUAAUACCUCUCGGGAUAUAAUUAAGAUUGGAAAUAUUGUCAUCGGUGGCGUGCGGUAUGCAAGUUGACUUAACUCGGUCGGUGGACCAGACGAGAAUUCCUGGUAUUCUAAGACUAGACAAAUCGUCACGCUCUUCUGGGUUUAAAGCCACGGCUCGGGCAUUGGUUAUGCAGGUGGGUCCGUCGUCAUCCAAGUCGCAGUCGCAAUCGUCGGUCAGUCGACAGUCGGUUAGGUUUGAUAUUGUCGAGUGCCAGCGGGACGAGGAAGAUCUCGUUGAAGAGGAUCAAGAAUCGCGAAACGAGCGCAAAAAUACAAAACUUUGCGCGAUAUCUAACCAAUCGAACGAAACCUCGGCGCUGAUGGAAAAAUUAACCGCGGACGGCGAGGAGAACGAUAGCGAGGACGAUUACUCGGCAUCGGUUUGCGCGAUCAUGCAACAACGAAAUUCGACACGACGACAGAGCCGGCGGAAGCGACGUUCAUCGUCCCCGUUCGGCGCCGACAACGUCGACGGCGUCGCGCGUCGUCGAUCCUCGGCUUACACCACCAGCUCAGGAGACACGAUAAUUUCGAUGGAGGAGAGCGGUAAUCAGGAGCAGAUUUUCGAGAAUCUUAAGCUGCACAAGGAGGUACUGAGCGGCAUAAAGCAGCAACCUUGGCCUCUGCGACGUAAGAUCAAGCUCGUACGGCAGGCUAAAGCUUACAUCAGACGGCACGAAGGAGCUCUGCAGGAGAGACUCGCUCAAAGUCACAGCACCAAAGAUGUCAUAGCACGCGUCUCGCUUUUUAUAACUAAGAAGUGGCAGUACUUUCGACGCGAGCUGAUCAAUCUGCAAACGUGGCUCGUACCUUGGCAGCUCCGUAUCAUGGAGAUAGAAUCCCAUUUCGGUUCCGCCGUCGCGUCCUACUUCAUUUUUCUCCGUUGGCUCUUCUGGAUCAACCUCGUCGUCGCGGUGACCCUUACGGCAUUCGUAGCGAUACCUGAAGUAUUAACCGCAAACGCGACUCUCGCCGGCGAGAGAAAGAUCAUGCUGCACGAGGAGGCAGUCAAGUCGAAGGAUCUGUUAACUCUGUGGGAGUUCGAGGGUGUGCUAAAAUAUUCUCCGUUCUUUUACGGAUGGUAUACCAAUCGGGACUCAAAUAGCAAUUACAGAUUACCCCUGGCGUACUUUGUCACCAAUCUGGUCGUGUACACGUACAGCUUCGUCGCAAUUUUGCGCAAAAUGGCGGAGAACUCGCGUUUGAGCAAACUGACCGAAAAGGAUGACGAAUAUGUCUUCUCAUGGAAACUCUUUACAGGAUGGGACUUCAUGAUCGGUAAUCCGGAAACCGCGCACAAUCGUGCAGCUAGCAUCGUGUUGGGCUUCAAAGAGGCUCUACUGGAAGAAGCAGAGAAGCAAAAGGAUGAAAGGAACUGGAAAAUCAUCGCAAUAAGAAUAUUCGUGAACAUGGCGGUGCUAACGUUACUCGCGCUGUCAGCGUACGCUGUAAUCAAGGUGGUUGGACGAAGCACCGUGGAGCCAGAGAGGUCAAAUUUAUGGCGACAGAACGAGAUCACAAUUGUGAUGUCUCUGAUUACGUACAUCUUCCCAUACAUCUUCGAGCUUCUCGGCUUUCUCGAGAGCUACCACCCUAGGAAACAGCUGCGAAUGCAACUGGCGCGAAUAAUGGUAUUAAAUCUGCUGAAUCUGUACUCGCUAAUAUUCGCAUUGUUCCGUAAGAUAAGCUCUAUGAAAACCGAUCUUUACGAUCUCAAACCGACAAAUCAUUGCGUACGUAAAUUGGUGUCGUGUGGCGACAAGCUGACACGUACGCAACAAAUCGCAACAUUAGCAUCUUUGAGCCUUGUUUUAAUGAACAAUGUCACUCACUCUCACGCUAAGAGAGAAAUAUCGCAGACAACACUACCAUCCAUCAGACAGGAGACCUACUUCCUUAAUCCUUUGCUGGACGACACUUUAUACAAGGACUACAAUGAUACAUACGAUUAUAAUGAUUCAGAUUACGAUUAUCGGAACGAAAUUUCGGAUACAGAGGAUGAUGAUAAAUCUUCUACUAUGUCAUCUUAUGAGGAACAAAAUAUCGGGAGUAUGGAUGAUAGCGAAAUACAUUUUGACGCAAGCUCGACAGGAACGACAAAUUUCCUAACUGAUUCGACGAUUGCCGAACAUUUCUAUACAAGUAUUACUUCAUCCCAAAGCGAAAUGACGUCGACAAUAAUCGAAUCAGAUACAAUAGAAGAUUUAUCAGGGACUGUUACCAAUUUUGAUGAGUUUACUGAAAGAGUAAUAAUUACCUCGCCAUCAGACAGCGAAACGUCAUCUACCAGAAAAUUUGAUGUCACAUCUACAACAGCAGAUGACACAAUAAUUACAACAAAUAUCCCGGAAAACUUUUCUACUUCAUCAAACAAACGCGUUAUUCCCAUCUCAAAAGAUAAUUAUCCGAUUAGGUGUUUUGAAAACAUUUGCACUACUGUGCUACCGAAGAAUUCAAAUAUAUCUUUGGAGCAGCUUGAUCCAAAGAUACGCAGAAAGCUACGUCGAUCAUGCUGGGAAACCAUGUUCGGGCAAGAACUCGCCAAGCUCACUGUCAUGGAUUUGCUACUCACCAUAUUAGGCACCCUUAGCAUGGAUUUCUUUCGCGCUGUUUUCGUACGUUUUAUGAAUAAUUGCUGGUGCUGGGAUCUGGAAAAACAAUUUCCGCAAUACGGGGACUUCAAGAUAGCCGAAAACAUCCUUCAUUUGGUGAACAAUCAAGGCAUGGUUUGGAUGGGAAUGUUCUUCAGUCCUGGUUUAACGGCACUGAAUCUCUUCAAGCUUGGCGUUUUAAUGUAUUUACGUUCUUGGGCAGUUUUGACGUGCAACGUACCUCACGAAGUAGUCUUCAGAGCUUCCAGGUCUAAUAAUUUUUACUUUGCGCUGUUAUUGACUAUGCUAUUUUUGUGCGUAUUGCCAGUCGGCUAUGCUAUAGUCUGGGUCGAGCCUUCAUGGUAUUGUGGCCCUUUUUCUGGUUAUCCAAAGAUUUAUAAUUUAGCGACGCAAAGUUUAAUAAACUCCCUUCCGAAAAUAAUUCAACAAUGUCUCGAUAUUAUCGCAUCGCCCAGUAUAGUGAUACCAUUGAUUGUUCUCAUGACGUUAAUUAUUUACUACAUGGUAUCUCUCGCUAGAUCUUUGCGAGAAGCAAAGAAUGAUUUAAAGAUGCAACUACGACACGAGCGUACGGAAGAACGUCGGAAAUUAUUCAAAAUAGCAGAAAAAAGAAACACCGUGGCCGAGACUUCCCUAGCAAGAUGGAAAAAGAUUCUUCCCGCGCUACCGCAGGCCAAAAUAUCUCGAAAUUCCGAAACAGUUCAAAAGGAUAAUAUACAGAUCGCGAUUAAAAACGUAAAUGCAGUGGUUGAUACAGUAAUUGAUACAGAAGAUAAUCGAUUGACGAACGAUACCAAAGAUUUAUGUCAAAAUCAAGUAUCGUUCGAUUACGGCAACGAGCAACAAGCUGAAAAACAGGAAAAUUUGAUAUUAAAGGAUACAUCUCCCUGCAGAAGCAGCUCAAUAAGCGUAGUCGGAUGUUCUCGGGACUCGCCAUCGAGUGAUCAAAGUGUUAUAAUAUCGGAAAUGCAAGUAAAUGAAGAAAAAAUUGUAUCCGACAUUCAUGUGGAACUGGAUAAUGUACCUGAAGAUGACAAAAAACUAACAUAACAAAUUGUGUGAAACAAAUAAGAAACUAUCUAAAAAAUUGGAGAAAAUAAUAGUAUAAUUAAUAUUUUUCAUAUCACAUCACUUUAGCAGCAAGUAGCGGUACUCAGCAUUUUAUACUAAUCUGUAAAAAAACAUGAAAGUCUCUGCCAAUUCGCUUUAGAAUUAAUAUUAAUGUCAAUAAUAAUCUUAUAAUUAUUCUUCUUCAAAUGCGCGCGUGGCAUCCGUAUUGUGCUUAUUAUCGCAGAUUUACCGAAGUGCGAAACUUGCAGACACCUUGUGAUUAUUACGUUUAUUUCUACAAAUACAUAUGUGUGUGUAAAAUGUUUAUAAAUAGUUAUAAAUAAUACUAUCGUACAUUCCUGAAAACGACAUAUGAAACAGCUACCUCUAAACGAAUUCGCAACGUAUCAUUGAAACGCACACCAUACGUGCAAAAUCACACUUCGAUUGAGCAUUGGCACAUUCCUAACGCCUUUAUCUUAUCGUCAGAUAUUACAUUACGUGUAAGAUAUUUAUAACAUUGAGCUGUUGUCCGAGAUUAUUUAUACGUAUACCAAUAUAUCCUGCGUAUAUAAACAUAUAUAUACUCCUCACCAGCGAACGUACGAUUCAAUUCCACGUUAGUUAAUAUAAGUUAAUAAUAUAAUUGUUUUUAUGUAAAUCUGUAAAAGAAAUUGUCGAUAACGAGAAACAUAAAUUAAUCGUAUAAGGAAAAA